CCCCCAAGUCAGCACCCCAACUCACACCCAUCUGUUUCUGUACCAAAGUCCUCCUCUCCUUUAAGAUUAAAGAACAACAUUCUAAAUUAAUUACUAUAAUUUUCACUUUUCCAAAAAAAGAAAAAACAACAUACUCUCUCUCUCUCUCUCUUCUGUUCAAAGUCUUUAUAUAAUGCCCCUCACUGAGCAGCACUUUGUUAACUUUUUUCCUAUCUUUACAUUUACUUCUUCUACCUCUAGGUUCUUUGCUAUCUAACCAUGGAAAUAAUGGCAUUUGCAGUGGUUUUGCUUCAGAUAUGUUUUCUCAUGGGGGUAAACUCCAAUCCUUCUCUCUUUGAUAAAAUUGUUAAGUUACCGGGUCAGCCUCAAAUUGGAUUCCAUCAGUAUUCUGGUUAUGUGACCGUUGAUGAGAAAAAACAGAGAGCUCUAUUUUACUACUUUGCUGAAGCAGAAACAGAUCCAGCUUCUAAGCCUCUUGUUCUCUGGCUAAAUGGAGGGCCAGGUUGUUCUUCUUUGGGAGUUGGAGCAUUUUCUGAAAAUGGGCCAUUCAGGCCUAGUGGGCAGGUUCUUGUCAAAAACCAGUAUAGCUGGAAUAGAGAAGCUAAUAUGUUGUAUUUGGAGUCACCAAUUGGAGUUGGGUUCUCAUAUUCUGUUGAUACCUCUUUUUAUGAGGCUGUUAAUGACAAGACCACCGCUAGGGAUAAUCUGGUGUUCUUGCAAAAAUGGUUUGUAAAAUUCCCACAGUACAGAAACAGAAGCUUGUUCAUCACCGGAGAAAGCUAUGCUGGUCACUAUGUUCCUCAACUGGCUCAACUCAUGCUUGAAUUCAACAAGAAGCAGAAAUUGUUCAAUUUGAAAGGCGUUGCUCUAGGCAAUCCAGUUCUGGAGUUUGCGACAGACUUCAAUUCAAGGGCUGAGUUCUUCUGGUCUCAUGGAUUAAUAUCAGAUACGACCUAUAAAUUGUUCACUUCAGUUUGUAACUACUCAAGAUAUGUGAGUGAGUAUUACAGAGGUUCGGUUUCUCCUUUAUGCUCGAGGGUGAUGGGUCAAGUGAGUAGGGAAACUAGCAAGUUCGUCGAUAAGUACGAUGUUACACUUGAUGUCUGUAUAUCAUCUGUGCUCUCACAGUCCAAAAUUCUUAGUCCCCAUCAAGUUGCUGAUAAUGUAGAUGUAUGCGUAGAAGAUGAAACAGUUAAUUAUCUUAACAGGCUAGACGUGCAGAUGGCUCUCCAUGCACGUCUUGUAGGUGUCCAUCAAUGGACUGUUUGCAGCAGUAUCCUAGAUUAUGAGCUUCUUGACUUGGAGAUACCAACAAUUUCUAUAGUAGGCAAGCUCAUCGAGGCAGGAGUCCCAGUCUUGGUCUACAGUGGAGAUCAAGACUCUGUCAUCCCAUUGACCGGGAGUCGAACGCUAGUGCACGGACUGGCCGAAGAGUUGGGACUGAAAACCACUGUGCCUUAUAGAGUUUGGUUUGAGGGGCAGCAGGUUGGUGGAUGGACUCAAGUAUAUGGUAACAUCCUAUCCUUUGCCACCAUAAGAGGAGCAUCACAUGAAGCUCCAUUUUCCCAGCCUGAGAGAUCCUUGGUGCUUUUCAAGGCUUUUCUGGAAGGGCAGCCUCUACCGGAAGCAUUCUGAUCUGAUCUGCUGAUCAGUUCUUUGAUGGAAUAUAAAUUCAAUUGUAAGUAAGUUGAAUUGCCCAUUCAAAAGGGCAGUUAUCAAAUUGUCUGAGAAGGAAAUAUAGCAUUGGUUUGUUUGUUCUUUGGGUUUUUCCAUGCUAUGGAAUGUAGAAAAAUUUUGUAAAUUUUCAGUGGAAGAGUAUGUGCUUGUUCUUCCCAUCCUAAAUGAAGUAAUCGUCACAGAAACUACAAAAAUCGUGAAUGUUUAAAAUCAGCA